GCAAAAUGUCUAAGGGGCCAGCAGUUGGAAUUGAUCUUGGCACCACGUAUUCCUGUGUUGGUGUCUUCCAACAUGGCAAGGUGGAAAUCCUUACCAAUGAUCAGGGUAACAGGACCACGCCAAGUUAUGUUGCCUUCACAGAUACAGAGAGGCUGAUUGGCGAUGCUGCAAAAAACCAAGCUUCAAGGAAUCCUACUAACACAGUCUUUGGUGCAAAGCGGCUGAUUGGUCGUAGAUUUGAUGAUGCUGUUGUCCAGUCUGACAUGAAACAUUGGCCUUUCACUGUUGUGAAUGAUGCUGGCAGGCCAAAAGUCCAGGUCAACUACAAAGGGAAGACCAAAAGCUUCUACCCAGAGGAAAUAUCUUCCAUGGUAUUGACUAAGAUGAAGGAGAUUGCAGAAGCAUACCUUGGGAAGACUGUUACCAAUGCUGUGGUCACAGUACCAGCCAGCUUUAAUGACUCCCAGCGCCAGGCCACAAAAGAUGCUGGAACCAUUGCAGGUCUCAUUGUGCUCCGGAUCAUCAAUGAACCGACAGCUGCUGCUAUUGCUUAUGCUUUGGACAAGAAGGUUGGAGCUGAAAGGAAUGUCCUGAUCUUUGAUCUUGGUGGUGGCACUUUUAAUGUUUCAAUCCUCACUAUUGAGGAUGGCCUCUUUGAAGUAAAGUCAACUGCAGGUAAUAACCACUUGGGUGGGGAGGACUUUGAUAACCGCAUGGUCAAUCAUUUCAUUGCUGAAUUCAAGCACAAGCACAAGAAGGAUAUUACCGAGAACAAGAGAGCAGUUCGCCGUCUCCGCACAGCUUGUGAACAUGCAAAGCGUACCCUCUCCUCUGGUACUCGGGCUAGUAUUGAGAUUGACACUCUCUAUGAGGACAUUGAUUUUUACACCUCGAUUACCAGAGCUCGUUUUGAAGAGUUAAAUGCUGAUCUGUUCCGUGGCACUCUGGAUCCUGUGGAGAAGGCCCUGCAGGAUGCCAGACUAGACAAAUCACAGAUCCAUGAUAUUGUACUGGUUGGUGGGUCCACCCAAGUCCCCAAGAUUCAGCAACUGCUCCAGAAUUUCUUCAGUGGCAAAGAGUUGAACAAGAGCAUCAAUCCUGAUGAAGCUGUGGCUUACGGUGCAGCUGUUCAGGCUGCCAUCUUGUGUGGCGACAAGUCUGAGAAUGUAGCAGACCUGCUGCUGGUGGAUGUCACUCCUCUGUCUCUUGGUAUCGAAACAGCUGGAGGUGUCAUGACGGUCCUGAUCAAGCGAAACACUAGAAUCCCCAUCGAGCAGACUCAGACAUUCUCCACUUACUCUGACAAGCAGCCUAGUUUUCUGAUUCAAGUCUAUGAAGGGGAGAGAACCAUGACAAAAGACAACUUGCUGGGCAAGCUUGAGCUGACUGGCAUCCGUCCAACUCCAAGGGGUGUACCUCAACUUGAAGUAACAUUUGAUAUUGAUGCCAAUGGCCUCCUUAAUGUGUCUGCUGUGGACAAGAGUACUGGCAAGGAGAACAAGAUCACAAUUACCAAUGACAAAGGUCGCUUAAGCAAGAAAGACAUUGAACGCAUGGUCCAGGAAGCAGAGAAAUACAAAGCAGAAGAUAAGACGCAGCUUGAUAAGGUGUCUUCCAAGAAUUCUCUAGAAUCCUAUGCUUUCAAUAUGAAGGCCACUGUUGAAGAUGAGAAGCUCCAGGGCAAGAUCAGUGAUGAGGACAAACAGAAAAUCCUGGACAAAUGCAAUGAAAUUAUCAACUGGGUGGAUAACAAUCAGGCUGCUGAGAGAGCAGAGUUUGAACAUCAACAGAAGGAGCUGGCGAAGGUCUGCAACCCCAUCAUCACCAAGCUGUAGCAGAGUGCAGGAGGGAUGCCUGGUGGCAUGCCUGUUGCAUUCCCUGGUGGUUGGAGCUGCCCGAUCUGGAGGGGCCUCAUCUGGACCUUGAGGAGGUGGAUUAAAUGCACAGGAAGCAACCUUCCACAGCUGGCUAUUGUAAUAAGAGGAGGCCCUGAAACAAAGCCUUGUAUUAGAGGCCCAGUAUGAAGCCCAAAGCCUGGACUAAAGUAAUGGUCAAGACUUUACUAAUGUAAAGCAAAGUUAAGCUGUGAGCCAGAGGCAGGCCCUGCUCACAGAAGCUGGCAAGGAAAGAGCAAGAUACAGACCUAAAAGGUCCUGGACACCAGGUAUCAGACCGUUCCAAUACUUGCCCAUUCCACACAGAUAACAAGGAAGAGGCUGACCCAUCCUGAAGAUGGGCAAAGGGGUAAUAUGAUGGAUAGAGUUGUUUUGUUCAUACCAACAUGUGUACAAGGUGAGAGGCGGCACCUUGCUACGCAGAGGGGUUGUACCUCAAUACGUCAGGACUGAUGUAUAACUUGUUUGUA